AUGCUGCUACCUGUCCUUUUUUUCGUUGUUUGCUUCACCUGCCUGGCACUUGUCUGCUCUGCCUUUUACCCGGCUGCCCUUCCUUUGGCCGUUCGCUCCCCAUACUUCCAAUGCUACUUCGACACCCGCAACGGUAGCAGGGUUACUUACCAACGUCCCCAGUAUUGGAAUGAUAGAGUUUUGGUUUGGAGUGGAUGGAUUCGCAUCGACAACUCGACUUUCAGAUUGUGGGGAAACUACGGUGCAUCUAUUGCGAAUUUGACUGGUUUCGAGGUCACUCCUACUCGCACCAUUUUCUCCGUACAGGCCAAUACAACGAAUGUGAAUGUGACAUUUUUGAGUCCAAUAGAACCAUCAAAUUUAGUUCUUCAGUCACUGCCAUUUUCCUAUGUUUAUAUCGAUGUCGAGUCAAACGACGGACAAGAGCAUUCAAUCCAGCUCUAUACGGAUAUUAACGCCGGCGCACUACUAUCUUUGCUUACCCCGUGCUAUGUAGAAUGGAUAUCUAAUGAUUCCAAUUCUUUUGCAGCGUGGAGAACCACUAGAACAGAUUUUUCGACGAUCCAUCAAGCUGCUCGACAGGCACCUCAAACUAUGCAAGAGAUAAAUAAUAUAGCUGAAGACGCAACGGUAUACUAUGCAUUUCCUAUAAGCAACGACGCAACGUAUGAGACCGGCGGUUAUAAUGAUGUUGGUGAUGAUUUUAUGAGAAAUGGUACUUUGUUUGACAGCGAAGACAACAAUUUCCGUCGAAUCGAAGACAACUUCCCUGUGCUUGGUCAUGCCGUUAAUCUGAAAAACAUUACUAGGACAACUUCGUCAGUUGUCUGGGCAAUAGGGCUUGUCCGUGACCCAGUAAUUCGCUUUGACUCGACAAGUGCAAAUAACAGCCGCAGUUCAUACUUUUGGACUACAUACAAUACGGUCAGCGAUGCGAUCGAUUUCUUCCUUAGUGAUUUCUCCAACGCUAAGCAAAGAGCUAUUGACCUCGAUAUGAAAGUCAUGUACGACGCGCGCCAGAUCUCUGACAAUUACGCGGAUCUUGUUGCACUCGCUGCACGUCAAGCCUUGGCCAUAGAUAUCACAGUGUCCCAAGACAAUGGACAAUGGAAUAGAUCGGAUGUUAUGGCUUUCAUGAGAGACAUGGAUAAUUUGCCGUCACGUCGCGUCAAUGCUGUUGAGAUACUAUAUGCAACCUUCCCUUCCUAUCUCUAUUUUAAUUCAACAUGGGCCGGAUAUCUCCUUGAGCCGCUGCUUCGAUAUCAACAGUCUUCACAGUAUACUAAAACUUAUGCGGCCCCAGAUCUCGGCCAGUCGUAUCCAAUUGCCGAGGGAAAUAAUGGUCCAUCAUCAUUCAGAGCCAUUGAAGAUUCUGGAAACAUGCUCAUCAUGGGCUGGGCUCAUGCCAGGUUCUCUGGCGAUGGUUCAGUGAUAUCACGAUACUAUGAUCUGUAUAAGCAAUGGGCAAACUACCUAGUUAAUUUCACGUUGAGUUCGAACAACUAUAUGGAUGCAGAUGAGCUAAACUACGUGAACAUGACCAACUUAGCCGUCAAGGGUAUCAUUGGCAUCAAGGCCAUGUCAGAGAUCAGUCAAGCGCUAGGAAACAGCCAAGAUGCUGAAACAUACUUGUCCACAGCCGAAUCGUACGUUAAGCAAUGGCAGACCUUGGCAGGCUCAACAGGCCACCUCCUCUCUACCUACGGAGCCACAGCCGAUUCAUCAUCUUGGUCUCUUGUAUAUAAUCUUUUUGCGGACAAGUUGUUAGGAACAGUGCUUGUCGACUCCAUUGUCAUUCAUCGUUUCUCAUUCGUUUUGUUGCGUCUCAGUUGGGGUCAAGCCGCUAGAUAUGGGAUACAGUAUGACAGUAGUGUUACCAACGAAGCCAAAACUCACUGGACGAUGUUCGCUGCUGGAGCUUCAAGCGAUACCACCGUGCGGAAUACCCUUGUAUCACUAGUUCACGCGAAAGUGGGAUCAAAUACUUCUGGCGUCUUUCCCUUGAUUUACAAUCCUAAUAAUGGGAGCACGAUUGGUGGUCGGGCUAGGUACAUAACACUCAUCUUCGCAAAGCCGAGACACUAA